ACGAGUCUUCUUGCGGCAGCUCCUCCCGCUGGCCGGCCUUGCCUUCCCUCGCCGUGAGGGAUAAGCACAGCCGCGACUUAAGGGCGUCUCGUCAACUAUGGCUCGGCAGCUGUUGAGUCUGGCGGCGCUGGUGGGUUGGCUGAGUUUACUGUUGCCGGCGCGCGCCUCAUCCGUCGCUGAGGGACGCCCCGCUGAGACAGAAUGCUGAUGUUCUUGCCUUGAGUCCUUUCGGCCGUGAAUUCACACCCUCGAGCAGGAGUGCCUGGAGAUGGCAGUGCUCCGCCUGACCAUCCCCUCACACCAGCCAAGGACAGCCUUCCCUUUGAUGUCGCCGCAGCUCACCACGAGACAAGAGCUGCACCCAAGGAACACCCUGGCCCAGACACCUUCACGCCCUCACAGGCCCGUUUCCUUCAGCAGAUUUUCCUUCAUCCCCUUCUCGACCUCCACUAGGAGCUGACACCUACUUCCGUGAGGAUACAGAAGAGCUUGCUAUCUCCCCCGGCAGGCAGGUCCCUCACGCCUCGCCAAUACCGCGACCACUCCAAAUUGACAGGCGCCGUCCCUUCGUGCACUACGCUGACCGCUAUGAGGAGGAAGAGGAAGAAGAAUAUGCGCCUCCCUACGACGAGCGGCAACACUUCCCAGACUACGACUACGAGAGUGUGCAGUAUGAGGAUAACGGACGUGAACCUCAGUAUGAUGACCACCACGACCCCGACCACGACAGGGACGAGUACCGCGCCCCUCCCGCCCUGCGAGGCCACCGCCCCCCGCACCACGAAGAGGACCCCCACCACCACCAGCGCUACCCCCCCAUAGACGCACGCCCGCCGCUGCACCGAACACGUGGCGAGGAGGGAGGAGGAGGCGCCGGCUCGUGCAAGACUGUGAACAAGAAUGGCAUGACGUGUGAGGUGUGCAGGGACGACGAGGGCGGCUACUCGGAGCACUGCUCACACAGCACGAGAAGCGACCAGGACGAAACCUACGCCACAGGCCGCCGCCACACCAAGCGGGACGCCCGCCCGAGGCUCACCGACCACCUCAGAUCACGGAUGGAUCGCAUUGCAGUGCAGGAAGCGCGGUCCAGCCCCAGCUUGAUCGUUGUCACCACCGCCGCUGCCAAGGACGCUCAUCCCCAGGGUUCAGAAAGGGAUCUCACCAGCACCACCACCACCACCACCAGCGCCACCACCGCCACCGCCACCGCCACCACCGAGCCCAAGGAAGCCGAGUCCAGACAGGAGAUGGACUUCGGAUUCAGAUUUGAUGACCAUGAUUUUACCUUCCACGAUGGCCACCUCUUCGACCUUGACCAUGAGCCCGCCUGGUACAACCGUGUAACAGACCCCCACGCGCCCCUGGCCCCGCGCCGCUCCUCUCUCAGGGACACGCACGCCAAGCUCACGGAGGCCAUGGACCAGUUCAUGAAAAAGGACAGAUCGUCUUGCAAGAAGGUUGAGAAGCACGGCAUGACCUGCUACGUGUGUUCGCAAGGCGCCGGGGCCACCGCAGAGGAAUGCAUGUAUGCCAGACACCAACCAGACGGCCACGACCUCCACUACUCAGAGGAAACCACCUACGGAUCCUCCUCCUCAUCUUCCUCCCACUACCCGGAGCGCUCCUCUUCCUUUUCCUCCUCGGCAGGGCACUGAUUGUCCUAAUUCCGUUACUCAUUAUGUUUAUUGUCACAUUUUUUAUUAUAAUGUUUUCUCGUUAUCUUGAAGUCAUUAAAGAUUAAACAAUAUUGAUCCCUAGUCUGUAUGUACGUAUGUAAUAAACUAUGAACAUUAUAUUACAUGGUAACAAAUACCUAUUUAAUGGCGAUACAAAUACACACGGUCAGCAUGUAAGCGAUGUUGUAUCCCUUAAAUGAAGUGCACACAAAACUGUCUGGUGUCUGUGUUUAGUUAAUAUUGUGCUGCCUGCAGUAAAUAAAAAAAAAAGUAAAAAAAA